AUGGCCAACUUAGCAGGUCCAACAGGGGGUUUCUCAUGGAUAAGUCUCAGAGAUUUUGAUUUCACUUCCUUUUGCACUCAAAGGAGCAUCAUAGACACCGUGAAUCUUCUCUUUCUCUGUGCCUUUUACAUAUCCUUGCUUUGCAAUUUUAUCAGAAAAAACAAUGCAAGUGACAGCCACAGAAAAGGAUGGAGAUCUAAAUGUUUACAAGUUCUAAACCUUGUUUGGUGGGCCUCUUCAUGCACACUUGUUUCAGCUCUCAAUAUUGAGGUUCUGUUCAAAGGGCAUAACAUUCAAAUACUUGAUAUGGUUCAAUGGCCUGUGCAUUUUUCACUUGUUUUCUGUGCCUUCCGAAGCCUCUAUUUUGCACCUCAAAGCAGUCAAAAUAAUACUAUGUCACAGCCUCUUUUAUCUCAAAAGGAUGAAAAUAAAGAAUCAAAACUUGCACGUGCCAAUUUCCUCAGCAAAUUGACUUUCUCGUGGAUUAAUUCCUUACUGAAAUUGGGCUAUUCAAAGCCAUUGGAUCUGCAAGACAUCCCGUCUCUUGUGUCUGAAGAUGAAGCUUCUUUAGCCUACCAAAAUUUUUCUCAUGUAUGGGAUUCCCUUUUGAGGGAUAGAAGCAAAAACAACAGUACUAAAAACUUGGUUAUGUGGUCCAUAUUAAGAGUUUACAUGAAAGAGAACUUUCUCAUAGGAAUCCUGGCAUUGCUUAGGACAAUUUCUGUGGUAGUUUCUCCUUUGGUGCUCUAUGCUUUUGUUAACUAUGCAAAUAGUGAAGAGGAAAAUCUAAAAGAGGGUCUUGCCAUACUGGGUUGUCUGAUUAUAUGCAAGGUCACUGAGUCAGGAAUGAGAAUGAGAUCAGCUCUAAUGGUGGCAAUAUAUAACAAGCAGUUGAAGCUUUCAAAUGCAGCCAGAAGAAGACACUCAACUGGGGAGAUUGUGAAUUACAUAGGAGUUGAUGCAUAUAGAAUGGGAGAAUUUCCAUGGUGGUUUCACACUACAUGGACUUCAGUAGUACAGCUUCUUCUAUCUAUUGGGGUUCUAUUUGGUGUUGUUGGUCUUGGUGCUCUUCCUGGUUUAGUCCCCAUUUUGAUCUGUGGGUUUCUUAACAUGCCCAUUGCAAAGAUCAUCCAAAGGUGUCUGUCAGAAUUUAUGGUUGCACAGGAUGAACGUCUAAGGUCAACUUCAGAGAUCUUAAAUAAUAUGAAAAUCAUAAAGUUGCAAUCUUGGGAGGAGAAGUUCAAGACCUCGGUAGAAACCCUACGGUCCAAAGAGUUCAAGUGGCUGGCUAAGGCUCAGUUCAUAAAAGCUCAUGGAUCAUUUAUCUAUUGGAUGUCUCCAUUGAUUGUUUCCUCUGUAAUCUUCCUUGGAUGCGCUCUUUUGGAAAGUGCCCCUUUAAAUGCUGGAACCAUAUUCACUAUUCUUGCUACUUUGAGGAGCAUGGGUGAUCCUGUUAGAAUUAUUCCAGAGGCUCUUUCUGUUAUAAUCCAAGUUAUGGUCUCGUUCGAUCGUCUCAAUGCCUUUUUGCUUGAUGAUGAGCUUAGUGAUGAUGUCACUGGAAGAAACUUAAUGCAAAAUUCAGUUAAUAGCGUGGAAAUGCAAGCAGGUAACUUCAGUUGGGAUUUGGAGUCGAUGUAUCCAACUUUGAGAGAUUUGAAUGUAAAAAUCGAAUGGGGACAGAAAAUUGCAAUUUGUGGACCAAUUGGAGCUGGAAAAUCAUCCUUCAUAUAUGCAAUACUUGGCGAGAUACCCAAAAUUUCAGGAACUGUUAAGGUGGGUGGAAGUAUAGCCUAUGUUUCUCAAAAAUCUUGGAUCCAAAGUGGGACAGUUCGCCAUAAUAUACUCUUCGGCAAACCGAUGGAUGAAACCAGAUAUGAGAAUGCCAUAAAAGUAUGUGCCUUGGAUAAGGAUAUCAAUGCCUUUAGCCACGGUGAUCUUACAGAAAUAGGUCAGCGAGGGACCAACUUGAGUGGAGGACAAAAGCAAAGGAUUCAACUGGCUCGUGCGGUAUAUAAUGAUGCUGAUGUUUAUCUAUUAGACGACCCUUUCAGUGCAGUGGAUGCGCAUACUGCUGCUAUUCUAUUCAAUGAUUGUGUCUUGAAUGCUCUGAAGAAGAAAACUGUAAUUCUAGUGACUCAUCAAGUGGAGUUUCUCUCACAAGUUGAUAAAAUUCUCGUCAUGGAGGGUGGAGUAGUUACUCAAUCAGGAUGUUAUGAAGAUCUUCUGACAGAAGGGACAGCCCUUGAACAACUUGUAAAUGCCCAUAGAGAAGCAAUAUCAGGGGCAGAUCAAAACAAUGAGAUCCCAGGGGAGUUUGAAGAUGUGAUAAAUGUUCUUCAGCCAUUGGAGUCUCAUGGAUUUCAUCUCCCUGAAGAUCAUAAGACUGAGCAGGUUUCAAUGAAAGGUCAACACGGAUUACAACUUACACAGGAAGAAGAAAAGGAGAUUGGUGAUGUUGGCUGGAAGCCAUUUUGGGAUUAUAUUUAUCUCUCCAAUGGAUCAUUGCUUCUGGGUUUGAUCAUUGUAGCACAGGUGGCUUUUAUUGGUUUACAAGCAGCAUCAACUUUUUGGCUUGCUCUAGCCACUGAAGUGCCAAAAGUAACUAAUGGCAUCUUGAUUGGGGUUUACGCAAUAGUUUCACUUAUAAGCGUUAGUUUUGUGUGCAUAAGAUCUAUCAUGUGUGCACAUCUUGGAUUAAAAGCUUCUGCUUCUUUCUUCUCUAGUUUCAAUAAUGCUAUCUUCAAGGCCCCUAUGCUCUUUUUUGACUCAACCCCAGUAGGAAGAAUUUUGACCCGAGCUUCAUCAGAUUUGAGUAUAUUGGACUUCGAUUUACCUUAUGCACUCACCUUUGUAGCAGCUGGGGCAAUAGAACUUCUGACAAUAAUUGGGAUAAUUGUUUCAGUCACGUGGCAAGUACUUAUUGUUGCAGUUCCCGCCUUGAUAGCCUCUAAAUACAUUCAGGGCUAUUAUCAAGCCUCUUCUAGGGAACUAAUGAGAAUCAAUGGAACAACCAAAGCUCCGGUUAUGAAUUUCACCGACGAGACAUCAUUAGGAGUGGUGACUGUGAGAGCUUUCAACAUGGCAAACAGAUUUUUCCAAAAUUACCUCAAGCUUGUGGACACAGAUGCAAAACUAUUCUUUCAUUCUAUUGUGGCCGCAGAAUGGUUGAUUUUAAGGAUUGAAGUACUUCAGAAUUUGACACUAUUCACAGCAGCUUUAUUGCUAGUUCUACUUCCAAAGGGGCUUGUACCCCCAGGCCUUGCAGGACUUUCUCUAUCAUAUGCUUUGUCAUUGACAGGAUGCCAAAUUUUUCUUAGUACUUGGUUCUGCAAUUUAUCAAAUUAUGUUGUUUCCGUUGAAAGAAUUAAACAGUUUAUUCACAUACCAGAAGAGCCUCCUGAAAUUGUGGAGGACAGAAAACCUCCACUUUCAUGGCCCUCCAAGGGUAGGAUUGAGCUCCAAAAUCUUGAGAUAAGGUAUCGCCCAAAUGCUCCAUUAGUCCUUAAGGGAAUUACCUGUACGUUUACAGAAGGGAGUAGAGUGGGAAUUGUAGGGAGGACUGGAAGUGGGAAAAGUACACUUGUAAGUGCUUUGUUUCGCUUGGUUGAUCCUGCAAGAGGUGAUAUUCGUAUAGAUGGGAUCAGGAUAUUACCAAUGGGUUUGAAGGAUUUGAGAAUGAAGCUGAGCAUUAUUCCUCAAGAACCCACUCUUUUUAAGGGUAGCAUUAGAACCAACUUGGAUCCUCUAGGCCUCUACUCUGACGAUGAAAUAUGGAAGGCUUUAGAGAAAUGCCAGCUCAAGGCAACAGUCAUCAAUCUACCCAAUCUACUGGACUCUUCUGUGAGUGAUGAAGGAGAAAAUUGGAGUUUGGGACAGCGCCAACUUUUUUGUCUUGGAAGAGUACUUCUCAAGCGAAAUAGAAUUCUUGUUCUUGAUGAGGCCACUGCCUCCAUUGAUUCUGCCACUGAUACCAUUUUGCAACGAGUUAUCAGACAAGAGUUUGCAGGAUGCACAGUUAUAACUGUGGCUCACAGAGUUCCAACUGUUAUAGACAGUGAUAUGAUUAUGGUUCUCUCUUAUGGGAAAGUGAUGGAAUAUGAUGAGCCUUCAAAGCUAAUGGAGACAAACUCUUCUUUCUCUAAACUUGUUGCUGAGUAUUGGUUCAGCUGCUGCAAGAACUUCUCCCAAAUCCCAAAUCAUUAA